CAAUGUACGCCAUAGGCCGCUGCCUAGGCACGAAGGAGAUAAAAAACUACAGAAAACUCUUCAAGCAAUUAUUAUCAGAAUUCCUUGGAACCUUCUUGUAUUUAAGCAUAGUUUUGUCUGCUGGUAUCGCCCAUGGGACUAAUAAUAAUACCGUUGUGAUUUCUUUGGCUAAUGGUUUAAUAGUAGCAAGUAUAGUGCAGAUGUGUGGUCAUGUCUCUGGUGGUCAUAUAAAUCCCGCUGUGACCGUUGGAGCUCUUGUAUGUGGACAUAUAAAGCCGUUGAAAGCUGUCUGCUUUGUUGCUGUGCAAGUUUUGGGUAGCGUUGCAGGUUCAGCAGUGGCAUACUUAGUGUCAGCAGCCAAAAUCAAAGGGAACCUCGGAGCCACACUCCCUUACCCCGACACCAGAUACGACCAGGCCUUCGCACUGGAGUUCCUGAUGACGUUUCUUCUUGUGUCUGUCGUCUUAAGUGUACUAGACGCCAAAAGAGGAUCUAGGGGUCUUGGGUCCUCGCCUCUAGCCAUCGGCAUGUGCAUCACAGGCUGUUAUUGUGCAAGUAUACCCUACACCUUCUCCCUAAACCCUGUCCGGUCUUUAGGACCAGCAGUGCUGAUGGGGAUCUAUGAUGCCAUUUGGGUCUAUUGGACUGGACCCCUUUUAGGUGGCCUUGUAGCCGGGAUUGUGUACAAAUUCUUUCUUGGAGUAUCACACUAUGAAUAUGAUUUGAGAAAUCGUUCCUUUUAAUAAAUAUGGUUGUUUCA